GUUGGGCUCAUUAUUGAUAGAGUUAAUAUUGUGGGCCUGAUAAUCGGCCUAAACCGACAUCUUCUUCUGCGAAGAGCCCAGAUCCUUCUCGAAUUAGAAACUUCAUCUAGCAAUUGGCAGCUAGAAGAAUUCAAUCUUCUCUCUACAAUUGAAAUUUCAGCGAUCACCGAAUUCUUUUCGUCCAAGAAAACUGGGAUUCGGUGAUCAUAUAUCAUUCAAUUCAAGAAAUUGUAGUCGAGAUUGAUCGGUUUUUGCUUUCAAAAAAGAGGGCUUUUUUGUUCAUUUUCCUAAUUUGUGUGAUGGAUUUCGAAUUGAGGAGAGCAAGAGAGAAGCUGGAGAAGGAGCAGAGGGAGAGGAAACAGAGGGCGAAGCUCAAGCUAGAUAGAGAGAGGAAGGUCAAGCAGGAAGCUGCUCGGCAGCGGGAAGCCAUAGAAGCGACUCAGCGGCAGCGCCGCCUCGAUGCCGCCGAAGCUGAAUCCAAGGCUAAUCAACUUGCAGAGGAGAACUCGCUUGUUGGUCGAGGAGUAAUUUUUUCUCGUAUUUUAGAAGCUGUGCCUUAUCAGGGUAUUGGGGAUAAGAUCAAACUGCCUCCUUCCUGUUUCACUGAGCUCUCCGAUCAGGGAGCUUUUGACAAAGGGCCGCUGCAUUUCUCUCUAUCGUUGAUUCACCAGGAGGCUGCUAUGCACGUAGAUAGUGGCAAUGAAGGAACGUCCAGGAUGACACAUGCUGGUGUCCUCGAGUUCACUGUCGAGGAAGGUUUUGUAGCACUUCCUCAGCACUGUUGGAGUAAUCUAUUCCCCGAUGAGGCUCCGGGUUCUGCUGCAGUGGAAGUACGUUAUGUUUGGCUUCCCAAAGGAACAUAUGCAAAACUUCAGUCUGUGGAAUUUGGCUUUUCCGACAUUCCCAAUCACAAGGCGGUGCUGGAGACGAGCCUUCGCCAGCAUGCAACUCUUUCUCAAGGGGAUAUACUAAUCGUCAAUCAUGGUGCGCUGACUUAUCAUUUGCGUGUACUCGAGCUGAAACCUUCAUCUAGCAUAUCUGUUCUAGAAACAGAUAUUGAGGCCGACAUCAUAGGUCCGGAGUCUGUAGAUAGCUCGAACCAGUAUAUGCUGAGGCCUCUAACCAUUGGAAAACCGGAGCAUGGAGUGGUUGAGGAAGGGAAGUACAUGUAUUAUAAGUUCUCUUUGGACGACGAUGCUUGGAAAAGAAUUUCUUCCAAGGGUGCGAACAUUUUGGUUAAUCUGGAGACGCAGACACAAGAUGGAGAUACCGACCUGUAUGUUUCGAGGCAUCCCCUUUUGUUCCCUACGCAGCACCAACACAUGUGGUCGUCCCACGACUUGGGCUCAAAGGCGUUACUACUCGGGGCUGAGGAUCAGAACUUGGGACCAGGUACUUAUACUGUCGCCGUGUAUGGCUACAAAGGGACAUCAAAGUACGAGGUCUCGGUAAAUGUUCAAGACAUUGCUACGCAGAGGCUGGGGCAGCAUGCUGUAUCUUCAACAUCGUCUGCUGAGGGAGACACUGCGGAGUGCAGAAACUGUAAACGUCAUAUCCCAUCAAGAACGAUGGCCCUUCAUGAAGCCUAUUGUAGUAGGCAUAAUAUUGUUUGCCAGCAUCCUGGUUGUGGGGUCGUUUUGAGGAUCGAGGAGAGUGAAAGGCACGUUCACUGUGAAAAAUGCAGUAAAGCUUUCCAAAGGGAAGAGAUCGAGAAACACAUGAAAGUUUUCCACGAGCCUCUUCAUUGCCCUUGUGGGAUUGUUCUUGAGAAGGAGCAAAUGGUGCAGCACCAGUCCUCAAAUUGCUCGUUGCGCCUCAUAACAUGCCGGUUCUGUGGAGAUAUGGUUCAAGCUGGGAGUUCGGCUGCUGAUGCACGUGACCGUAUUAGAGGGUUAUCGGAACAUGAGAGUGUUUGUGGAUCAAGAACUGCACCGUGCGAUUCAUGUGGGCGAUCCGUCAUGCUCAAGGACAUGGAUAUACACCAAAUCGCUGUCCAUCAGAAGAACUAGUCGUCGUCGUCUCAAGAGAAGAGACGACGACGACUUGUCCAUGAGGCGGUCGCGUCAGGUACUACCACAAUUGAGAUAUAUUCAGCCUCUUUAUUACGUCGUCGCUUCAGGUACUACCAGAAUUGAGAUAUAUUCAGCCUCUUUAUUAAUGACGUGUGAUAUUUGUAAAUUUAUCCAAUGAAUAUUUUUUAGUUCAAUGAAAUGGUAAAUGAUACUCAUUUAGUCA